AUGGGGGAAGUUACACCUGUCAGCAUCGAGCCUCGGAUCAAUGUUGGGACUAGGUUCCAAGCGGAAAUUCCCCCACUCCGGGACAGGGCCCUGGCAGCUGUUGAUGAACAUAAAGCCGACCUGAAACAAACCUUAAUGCAGCAUAUUCUCCGAUGUGACUAUGAGGCCUGUCGACAGUAUCUUUUGAAUCUUGAGCAAGCAGUUGUUUUGGAUCAGAAUGCACAGAUUCUACAGACAUUCCUCAGUCAUAGAUGUGAUGGAAAUCGUAAUAUUUUGCAUGCUUGUGUAUCUGUGUGCUUUCCAACAAGCAACAAAGAAACAAAGGAAGAGGAAGAAGCAGAGCGCUCUGAAAGAAAUACAUUUGCAGAAAGACUUUCCGCUGUUGAGGCUAUUGCAAAUGCAAUAUCUGUGGUUUCAAGUAAUGGCCCAGGUAAUCGGACUGGAUCAUCAAGUAGCCGAAGUAUGAGAUUAAGAGAAAUGAUGAGGCGUUCCUUAAGAGCAGCAGGUUUGGGUAGACAUGAAGCUGGAGCUUCCUCUAGUGACCACCAAGAUCCAGUUUCUCCCCCAAUAGCUCCUCCCAGUUGGGUUCCUGAUCCUCCUGCCAUGGAUCCUGAUGGUGACAUUGAUUUUAUCCUGGCCCCCGCUGUGGGAUCUCUUACCACAGCUGCGACUGGCACUGGUCAAGGACCAAGCACCUCCACCAUCCCAGGUCCUUCCACAGAGCCAUCUGUAGUAGAAUCAAAGGAUCGAAAAGCAAAUGCUCAUUUCAUAUUAAAAUUGUUAUGUGACAGUGUGGUUCUGCAGCCUUACUUAAGAGAACUUCUGUCUGCUAAGGAUGCAAGAGGUAUGACACCAUUUAUGUCAGCAGUAAGUGGCCGAGCUUACCCUGCUGCGAUCACCAUCUUAGAGACAGCACAGAAAAUUGCAAAAGCAGAGGCAUCUUCAAGUGAAAAAGAAGAUGAUGUGUUUAUGGGAAUGGUUUGCCCAUCUGGCACAAAUCCUGAUGAUUCUCCUUUAUAUGUCUUGUGUUGCAAUGAUACGUGUAGUUUUACCUGGACUGGAACAGAGCAUAUUAAUCAGGAUAUUUUUGAGUGCCGAACUUGUGGAUUACUAGAAUCACUUUGUUGUUGUACAGAAUGUGCAAGAGUGUGUCAUAAAGGUCACGAUUACAAACUCAAGCGGACUUCCCCAACAGCUUACUGUGAUUGCUGGGAAAAGUGCAAAUGUAAAACUCUUAUUGCUGGGCAGAAGUCUGCCCGACUUGAUCUACUCUAUCGAUUGCUCACCACCACAAAUCUGGUCACUUUGCCAAAUAGCAGGGGAGAACAUCUUUUGCUGUUUUUAGUCCAGACUGUGGCCAGGCAGACUGUAGAACACUGCCAAUAUCGGCCACCAAGAAUACGGGAAGACCGAAACCGGAAAACUGCAAAUCCUGAAGACUCAGAUAUGCCUGAUCAUGAUUUAGAGCCACCCAGAUUUGCUCAGCUUGCUUUGGAGAGGGUUUUACAGGACUGGAAUGCUCUGAAAUCUAUGAUUAUGUUUGGUUCACAAGAGAAUAAAGAUCCCCUCAGUGCCAGCAGUAGAAUAGGGCACCUUUUGCCUGAAGAACAAGUAUACCUUAAUCAGCAAAGUGGCACAAUUAGGUUGGAUUGUUUCACACACUGCCUUAUAGUUAAAUGUACAGCAGAUAUUUUGCUUUUAGAUACACUACUUGGUACUCUUGUGAAAGAACUACAAAAUAAAUACACACCUGGUCGUAGAGAAGAAGCUAUUUCUGUUACAAUGAGAUUUCUACGUUCAGUGGCAAGAGUUUUUGUCAUUCUUAGUGUUGAAAUGGCCUCAUCCAAAAAGAAAAACAACUUUAUUCCACAGCCAAUUGGGAAGUGUAAGCGAGUAUUUCAAGCACUGUUGCCAUAUGCUGUGGAAGAACUGUGUAAUGUAGCAGAAUCCUUGAUUAUUCCAGUUAGGAUGGGUAUUGCUCGUCCCACUGCACCUUUUACUUUAGCUAGUACUAGUAUAGAUGCCAUGCAGGGCAGUGAAGAGCUGUUUUCUGUGGAGCCACUACCGCCAAGGCCAUCAUCAGACCAGUCUAACAGUUCUAGCCAAUCUCAGUCAUCUUACAUCAUAAGGAAUCCUCAGCAGAGACGUAUUAGUCAAUCUCAACCUGUUCGAGGCAGAGAUGAAGAACAAGAUGAUAUUGUUUCAGCAGAUGUGGAAGAGGUUGAGGUUGUGGAAGGUGUUGCUGGAGAAGAAGAUCAUCAUGAUGAGCAAGAAGAACAUGGAGAAGAAAAUGCCGAAGCAGAGGGUCAGCACGAUGAACAUGAUGAGGAUGGAAGUGAUAUGGAACUGGAUUUGUUAGCAGCAGCUGAAACUGAAAGUGACAGUGAGAGUAAUCACAGCAACCAAGAUAAUGCUAGUGGGCGAAGAAGUGUUGUGACUGCAGCUACUGCAGGGUCAGAAGCAGGUGCUAGCAGUGUACCUGCCUUUUUUUCUGAAGAUGACUCUCAAUCCAAUGACUCCAGUGAUUCAGAUAGCAGCAGUAGCCAAAGUGAUGACAUAGAGCAGGAGACUUUUAUGCUUGAUGAGCCCCUGGAAAGAACUACAAAUAGCUCUCAUGCUAAUGGUGCCGCCCAGGCACCCCGCUCUAUGCAGUGGGCUGUACGCAACACUCAAAAUCAGAGAACUACUAGCACGACUCCUUCCAGUACAUCAGCACCAGCAGCCAGUUCAGCAGGUUUGAUUUAUAUUGAUCCAUCCAACUUACGCAGGAGUGGAACCAUCAGUACAAGUGCUGCAGCUGCAGCAGCCGCUCUUGAAGCUAGCAAUGCCAGUAGCUACUUAACAUCUGCAAGCAGUUUAGCAAGGGCGUAUAGCAUUGUCAUCAGACAGAUCUCUGAUUUGAUGGGCCUUAUUCCCAAAUACAACCACCUUGUAUACUCUCAGAUCCCAGCAGCUGUGAAACUGACUUAUCAAGAUGCAGUAAAUUUACAGAAUUAUGUAGAAGAAAAGCUGAUUCCCACAUGGAAUUGGAUGGUCAGUAUUAUGGAUUCUACAGAAGCUCAGUUGCGCUAUGGUUCUGCAUUAGCAUCUGCUGGUGAUCCAGGGCAUCCCAACCAUCCUCUUCAUGCUUCCCAGAAUUCAACCAGAAGAGAAAGAAUGACUGCUCGUGAGGAGGCUAGUUUAAGAACGUUGGAGGGCAGACGGUAUGGAGUCUCUUUUUAA